ACAGCAAGCUGUGUUUUUUUUUAAAGAAACGAUCAGAGGGAGUUUCCUUUAACAGCUACCGAAACCUACCACUGAAAUUGACGUCUCCGGAAGUGAAUUGUUAUCGAGGACAGAAACACAGGGAUAGAUCGGAGAGAGGGAGUAAACCAGGAGCUGGGCUCCGCCUGCCCUUGUGUGUUUGAGGGAGAGGGAGAGGGGGAGGCUGGUGAUCUUGACGCUGCUGCCGCUUUGUCCUGUGUUCCUGGGGCGGUCUCUGGGCACAUCUUCCCCUUCCCUCCCCGGGAACUCCCCUGCUCAUAUUUAACCUCGUCCGCAGGCCACGGUCGGCAGGAGGCACUGGGGACAGUUGUACUUCACUGCUCUGUAAGAUUCGCCCUCCCAGCCCGGUGAGCGGCUCGGCGGAUCCCCGGUGGUUUUGUGUAAGUCUGGCCUCUGACCGAGAUGUCGCUGCCCUGCUGUGUAUCGCAGCUGGCCUGUUGCUGUGGUUCCAGCGACUGUUCUCUCUGCUGCAGCUGCUGCCCAAAUAUUAAAACCUCUACAAGUACUCGAGUCAUGUACACUCUCUACCACAUUCUAGGAACCAUUGUCUGCUUUCUCAUGUUAUCACCGAGUGUGGGUGAAAUGCUGAAGACGCAUGUUACCUUCUAUGGAGAGUUUUGCAGAACUAUUAAAGCAGGCACUGAUUGUGAAAGGCUUGUGGGCUACUCUGCUGUUUAUAAGGUCUGCUUUGGAAUGGCCAUAUUCUUCUUCAUCUUCUUCCUGAUAAUGAUCAAUGUGAAGACCAGUAAAGAUUGCCGAGCUUACCUCCACAAUGGGUUCUGGUUUGUGAAACUCGUAGUGCUGGCUGGAAUGUGUGCUGGAGCUUUUUUUAUACCAGAUCAGGACACAUUUCACAAAGUAUGGCUAUACAUUGGUGUUGCUGGAGCCUUCCUCUUCAUUCUAAUCCAGCUCAUAUUGCUCGUGGAGUUUGCACACAAAUGGAACAAAACCUGGUGGGCUGGAACAGCAAACAAUAAGUGUUGGUACGCUGCCUUGGCCUUAGUUACACUCAUUCUUUACUCGGUUGCUGUCUGUGCUGUUGUUCUGAUGGUGAUAUUUUACACUGAUCCUGAAGGCUGCACACUAAACAAGAUUUUAUUGGGUGUCAACACCAGCCUCUGCUUCAUCGUCUCCAUGGUAGCAAUUACACCCUGUGUACAAAAAUAUCAGCCUAACUCCGGUCUCCUGCAGUCAGGAGUAAUCAGCUGUUAUGUGAUGUAUCUUACGUUCUCUGCGUUGGCCAAUUCACCUCCAGAAAUUGUUAUGAAGCAAGGAAUGAACACUACAAUAUGCAUUCCUCAGUUAUUGGGCAAAGGCCUUCAAACAGAUGACAAGCUUGUUUCUGUGCUGGGAGCCAUUAUCAUGUAUGGCUGUGUGCUCUAUGCCUGUCUAACUUCAACAACUCGUUCCAGCUCAGCUACCCUGGGGGUGAGCACUGUUCCAAACUCUAAACCAACUGAAGCUCGCUGCUGCUUCUGCUUUGUACCAGAUGAGGAAGCAGGUAACUAUAAAAUCGAUGGAGCAGAGAAAGGAAUCCAGAAGGUGAUCCACAAUGAAAACAGCAGCGUCGUGUACAGUUACUCCUUCUUCCACUUUGUCUUUUUCCUUGGCUCCCUGUAUGUGAUGAUGAUGUUAACAAACUGGUUUCAGUAUCGUGAAGUUAAUUUAGAAAACUUGUUUGAACCUCAGAACGUCUCUACCGUCUGGAUUAAAAUGGCUUCCUGUUGGCUGUGCAUCUUGUUGUUUUUAUGGACCCUCAUUGCUCCCAUGUGUUGUCCAGGCCGUGAAUUCUCAGUCUGAUUUUGGUUUUACUUUCCCCAGUACUCCAGUUUUCUACAUCCCUCUUUCAUCUUCUCUAGUCAUGUUAAAUACCUUUUGACCCAUCUUAUUUCAUUGUACUCUAGCUAUCGAUUUGUUUUUAGUAUACUGUAAUAGUCCCUGUCUAGAAACAAUCUUUUCUAUGUCAAUUACAUUUCUACAAGUUUCUACAGAGAUAGCAUUUAAGAGUGGGCUUUGAUAUCCUCAUCAGUAAUUCUUAAGUUUGGAAAACAUGAAAUGAUUGAUUAGAUCUAGCAGUUCAAGUGGCAGGGCCAGUGGGAUAUGAGGAUGAGUGAUUUAUGAAUGUUACAUUGAAUGGGAGUUCUGAAAAUUCAUGGGAAUGAUGCUGGAUGUUAUUUGCAUUGAUUCUGCAUUGGAAAGAUCAGUAAUUUACUGUUUAUACGUAUGAUAUUGUUAAAAUCACAGUACCACAUUAUCUAUAGAUAGAAAUGUUAUGUACAUUGACAUACAAAGUAACCUAAAGGUUUAAGAAGGGCCUUAAUUAAAUUGCAGUCUAAGAAGUUAUCACUGGAUUUGUAUCUGUCCCUAUUUACACUGGUGUUAUUUGUCUAUAAGUCUGGGUAAGAGUGGCUCUGAUUCUACACCUGGGCAACUUCUAAACUGGAAUGGAAACCUGAAAGUUCUUAGUAAUAACAAAAAUGUAAAAUAUCAAUUCUUUCCAUUCAAAUAUAGUAGAUGUGAUGUAGUCUGGAGUAAACUGGUGGGGAUUUUUGCAAGUAGGGAUGUGUAAAUUACUCAAUAUACAUAUAGGCAAAAUGUGAAGUUCUUAUUCAAGGAUCACUUUAAAUCUAAUGCAAGUGUCUCCCCGAUUUCUGAAUUUCAUUGUCUACCUCUCUCCACCUACUCACCCACCCACCCCAUGUGCUAAUGAUUUUGUUUAUUGCUCACUAAGGAAUGAAACCAUUUAAGAUAAUUGCAUCAGAACCAUGUGGUUAUGUUCCAUUUGUGCAACAAUUGGGACCAAAACAUUUUGGCUUGAUGUACCACAACCUGCCAACGAGAGUGAACUGAAAAGAUGAUGUCUGUCGAAAAUGUUAAGGUGCUAGGGUCAAAUUAGAAAGUUGCACCUCCUAUGAUAUGUUAACAUAUGAAGAAAUGGAAAAGGGUCGAUUGAAUGAGGUGUUUUGAUGCGGGUAUUAGUAUAUAUUUAUUUAACUUGAAAGGUUUUUUAAUAUAGUAUUUGAUGCAGAAAUUUCUAGCAUAAUGCAAAACAAAGUAAGUUAGUGUUACAACAGCCAUGUUGGCAUAGAAAACUAAACCUGGUAAACAACAUGGCUGUAAACCUAUUGGAAUGAAUUGUUUAUGCUGCCUUUUUACCAAAUGCUAGUCAUAGUUUAGGCAAAUGUUUUCUUCCAUUUUAGCCAAGCAGUAACUGUUUUAGUGUGAAAAUCUAUUCUGAAUCCUUGUGUGGUUGAACGUGUCGAUCUCUGACAGGCCAAAUAAAGAAGAAGCCCACCUUAAAUCCCCUUAGGCAUUACAAAGUCAGAUUGACAUUGAGAAUGCUUAUACUCUCCGCCUUUUGCCACAGUGAACAACUUUUAAAAAGUUCAAAACAUGUGAUUGUGCCAUUUGUUGUCUGGUUUCAGGAAGUAAACGAAAUCACAUUUAAUCAUCUGGAAUAAUACAUGAGGUUAGGAUUUUCUACUUCAUACAGGAACUGUGCAAAGUCAAGCUGUAUUUCCUAGAACCCUUUUUUUGCACAGAAACCUGCACAAGCAAUCCACCCAAUAGAUGGACAUGCUGACACUGAGAACUGAAACCGAGCAUGUAAUUGAUGGUUGAGUCUUGUUCUAUCCUCAGUCCUGUGGGGGAAUGGGGUUUAAAAUGUCUUAUGAUGUUUCUAGGAUAAAGCUGAACAUCUUUACUUACCUCAGUAAUAUCAUGCCAGCUUUACUGCCUGGUAAUAAUUGUUCUGUGGAGUUCUUUUCUUCAACUCCCAGUGAGGGUAAGCUUGAAGUGAAGAAGUUAACUGCAGCUGUUGCUAAAGCACAUCGACAAUCAAAUGUCCAAUCAAUGAUCUGCUCACAUGCCCUGUUAACACAAAAGCAGAGUUGGUGAUUUACAUUUUCAGCUUUACAUGUGUUAGAAGUCAAAACCUUAUGGCAAUUUUUUGUUUUUAAAAUAUAAAAGCAUUUUGUUGCUGUACGUGGGCUGUUGGUACAUGUACAUCACAGCAGCAGAGUGCUUCUGUGUACUGGAGUCUUCCUACAGUGUUCCAUACGAAGAUAGCAAAAAUAUCUGACUCAUUCAUCUUUUAAGGUAUGCUGUGUAUUUUGAGAGAAAUCGAUUAAUGACACGAAUUUGGUUUAGAGGUUGCACCUUUUUGUUUCUCUGAAGUAGGAGAAGGAUAAAUGAGUUUAGAUCAAAACUGCAACUGGAAGGCUUUUUGCUGUAAUGGCCCCUUGUAGAUGUACACGCAGCUUUUGCAAUUUUUGCUAUUUGCAGUUGAAUUCUGGAAACUCAGAUAUAUGAAAGCAUUGCUUUAAAAUUAUGUGUGCUGAAGUGCAGGCUGCAUUAAGACUACUUGGUUAACCCCUCUUCGGGGUUCCAAGAUAAAUAGUCUUUUAUGAUUGAUACUUUCUCCCUUCAUUUGGUACGAAUGUUGUUGCUGAUGGAGUGUGGUUUGCAGUGGAUGCUGAACUAGUUUCCUAAGAGUUUUUAUUCCUACACUGGUGCUAAAGAUGGGCCUGCCUUUCCAACUGGGCUUCACACUUUCAUACGGUGGAAUAUUUUACACCUCCUUGCCUCGGAUAUUCUGCAAAGUGCCUCAUUUGGCACCCAGUGUCUAAGACUUAAGUGAUAGUAGGAACUGCCGAUGCUGGAGAAUCUGAGAUAACAAGGUGUAAAGCUGGAUGAACACAGCAGGCCAAGCAGGAAAGCUGACGUUUCGGCUCUGGACCCUUCUUCAGAAAAAGAAGGGCCCCGACCCGAAACGUCAGCCUUCCUGCUCCUCUGAUGCUGCUUGGCCUGCUGUGUUCAAUCCAGCUUUACACCUGUUAUCUAAGAUUUAAGUAACUUUUUACCAUAGACACUUGUCUGAGGCAAUGGUGCCUGAUUUUUGUCUCCAACCUUUUGCCUGCGCCAAACAAAGACAAAAAUCUUGGACUUUAACAUUCAAGAUUUGCCAAGGGCAACUGGUACUACUUAAAGCUGUGGAAAAACUUUGUUCAAACAUUCAAGGUGGUUUUCUAAUAGGGGUAUUUCUCAUUAUUGCAAUCUUUUGAUAUGACUUUGUUGUAGCAGUUUUAUUUUGUUAUUUGUGCCAGUCAUUUUUGUAAUAUGGAUUGCUUAUUGUCAGGUAUUUAAUCCUUAAAAUUGGCUAUGCUAAUUUAAGGUGGAAGCUUUAUUUAUAUAAUUCCUGAAUCGCUGAUACUUGGAUAUACAGCUUAGCGGCAGGGGAGAAGAUUGAGUUUUCUCAACUAUGGGUUAUAUAUCUUAAGUAAAUUUUGCUAAAUGUUCUCAUUAAAUUCUUUAAUUAUUUUACAAUGUAUUCUUGGUUGUACAAUGUAAAGUUCUACCUUUUAAAAUGUUUUUAUAAAGAUUGUAUGUUAAUUUUUCAAUUUUUAAUGUAAUAUUGCUUUACUGACUUUAUACUCUUACAAGCGCACAUUGUUUUUAUUAAAAUACAACAAAUUAGAGAUUUUUCUGAAACUUUGUAUCCCCUAAUCAAAUACAAUUCCAUUGUUACACUAACUUAGAAAUGUUUU